AUGGUCGGGGUCACAGGCCAGGUUCAGCAGGUAGCAAGCAGCGUAGUACAGAGGGUCAGGCAGAGGGAUGGUCAGGGUCACAAGCCAGGGAUCAGAACAGGGAUGGUCAGGAGCGAGCCGGGAUCAGAGCAGGAGAAGUCAGCAGCGGUUCAGAAACAGGAUGCAGGACAGAAACAGGAUACAGGGCCCAGGACAAACACAACACCAAGGCAGAGUCUGUGGGUCUGGCCAUCCCUUAAAUACCCCAGCAUAAUCAGUUCCAGGUGUUAGCUGGCUGCAAAGUUGAGUCUCUGAUUGCUGGGAGCAUCCGCUGGCCAGCCCUGGUACUGCAGAUCAAAAGGCAGGUGAGUCCCACCAUUGCUGGCCAGUCCAUUCCUGACAACAACCUUCUUGAUCCCUGACAGUCUGGCUUCCGCCCACAACAUUCCACUGAAACUGCCCUACUAAAACUCACUAAUGACCUACUAACUGCUAAAACCAACGGCCAUUACUCCAUACUCAUCC